CCUUGAAAACCAGAUAAGGAAAAAGAAAGCACCAAAUAAUCCAAAACAAAAGCGCUAAAAAAAGUAAACCCAUUUCUUCUAUCCUCUCCUAUUCCUCAAUUCCUUGAUUUUUUGUUCUAAAAACCAUCUGAAUUCAGAUUUUUUUUUUCUUUUUUGAGAAGAGAAAGGGAACUCUGUGUUUGAAACAUUGUUUACAUUGUUUUAUGGGAAAAUCAAUUGUUUGUACGACGAAAGGGCAAGAAUUUGCAAAAGCAGUCCCAUCAGACAAACUUCAUAGAGCAAAACACGUAAAACCCGCAUCGAGAAACAGAGUUUCUUGUCGCGAAAAGGCGGGGCCAAGUGGGGUCCGAGUCAACUCAGAGCGAGUCAAGCAGAAAGCAAUGGAUACCUGGGGUAACGACGACCGGAUUCCGCUGGCUCAGGUGGUUUCCGAGUUGGUAAAGGGAUGGUUUCAAGAGGCUCUUAAGGAGGCCAAGGCCGGUGAUACCAACAUGCAAGUCCUUGUUGGACAGAUGUAUUGCAAUGGCUAUGGUGUUCCUAAAGAUGUUCAAAAGGGGCGUGCUUGGAUUAGUAAAGCUUCAAGGAGCAGAUCUUCAGUAUGGAAAGUUAGUGAUAAGCAUCCAGGUUAUAAUGCUAGUGACUCCGAUUCUGAUGAAUUGAGGGAUGAUGCAGAAUAACUUUUGACCUGUAUUCGUUUUAAAAUCAUCCACAAAUAUAUCUUACAGUAUUGGGAACGUAUACAGUGUUGAAUACCGAGCUACUCUAUCCGUUUUACCUUCUGCAAUGUAUUCUAAGUCAUGCCUCUUUAACUUGCUGCAUUCCCUUGCCAAUGGAGAGAUGAUUCCCUAUUUUUUUGGUCAUUUCUUUAACAUCUUUAUUUCACAAAUUGUUUUUAUAUUUUGCUAUUGAGAUCACAGGUUGUUGGCUUUUAGAUGUUUGUUUAAGUAUUUCUUUUAGAUGAACUUCACCUAUUGAUGCAGAAGAGUAUCAUAGAUUUGAAAGAAUCAUAUUCAUAAAAUAAAACAAAAAUUAAUAUAAAGUUAGAACACUUUGUUUAA